UGUCGCCGUGGUGGAGGCCCCCAUUCGAAGGCGACGGCGGUCGUCUCUGUGUUUUCGUGGCUAUCCUUCCAGAUUAAACGAAAUAACCACAGACUGGCAGUGAAAUUGACAAACGCUCACGUUGAGAUUUUGUUCAGAUUCUUCUUGGACGAGUUCGCGACGGGGCUGUGGAAUGACGGGGUGUGCCGAGAAUUUGAAUUAGCUCGCCGCUAGUUUGAAGAAAGAGUGAGCCAGGCUGAGAGAGAAGCCAUUUUGUCCUGACUGUGUGGGAGAAAAGAAAGAGUGGAAAAGAAGAAUCACACGGGAGCAGCGACUUGUUUUGCGUUGUGUUUUUGUGCUGUUGUGGGAAACAGUCCGGAUUGGAAAAUAUAACCUUUCGGAUACAAGUUUGGACACGUAAUUUGGGUGGUAUUUAGCCAACUAGCUUGCCAAAGCUAAUCAACAAUUCCCAGAUUGUUGAGUAUAUAAAGAGUCCGGGAGAAGUGGAUUUGUUGGCAAAGGAGCUGGCUUUAGACCGCACAUAGGCGUGUUAGGUUAUUUUUUUCUUUUUUGUAUUUGUCCGGGUGGGGAAACACAAGCUUUGUCAAAUGGCGAAGAAGACCUACGACUUGCUGUUCAAGCUGCUGCUGAUCGGAGACUCGGGCGUGGGGAAAACCUGCGUGCUGUUCCGCUUCUCAGACGACGCCUUUAACACAACCUUCAUCUCCACCAUAGGAAUAGAUUUCAAGAUCAAAACGGUCGAAUUACAAGGAAAAAAGAUCAAACUACAGAUUUGGGACACAGCAGGACAGGAGCGGUUUCACACCAUCACCACCUCCUACUACAGAGGCGCCAUGGGCAUCAUGCUGGUGUAUGACAUCACCAAUGCCAAGAGCUUUGAAAACAUCAGCAAAUGGCUCCGUAAUAUCGAUGAGCACGCGAAUGAGGACGUGGAGAGGAUGCUGCUAGGCAACAAGUGUGACAUGGAAGACAAGAGGGUCGUACCAAAAGCCAAGGGGGAGCAGAUUGCACGGGAGCAUGGCAUUAGGUUUUUUGAGACGAGUGCUAAGGCCAACAUCAACAUUGAGAAAGCUUUCCUCACGUUAGCAGAAGACAUCCUCAGAAAGACACCUGUAAAAGAGCCCAACAGUGAAAACGUUGACAUCAGCAGUGGGGGCGGAGUCACAGGCUGGAAGAGCAAGUGCUGCAGUUGAACGAGUCACACUAACGACGCACACUAAACAAACUACACCAACAACACGUCUCUGUCUCUAACCGCUAACCUUCACCUUUGACCUCUAACCCACCUGUCUCUCAUGAGUUUUUCUUGCACACUGACCCCGUCUUGUCUCCACCAAAUUAAAACCACUUGACUCAUGCCCCCUUUUCCAUCCCAUCGUAAUUUUUAUUUCUGAUAAAAAAGAGAAAUCCAGUCACGUUUCUUGUCAUUUGUUUUAAUGGUUGUACAAAAGAGUGUAAAAACGAGUUCAUAUUUUUAAUAUUUCUUUGCUCCCCACGGCGCCCUUCCCCACAGCACUCAUCUUCAGUCUGAGGAAAAGAAUCAAAAAGACACAUGUAGAUUGAACAUUUUGUACACUUUGUGGUUUUUUUGUUUCUGUCCUUUAAUGUUUGUUACCAAGUGACAGAGGCGUGGCUAGCUCCUUUUGUAUGUGGGGGUUUAUUUUGUCCUGUGCCUUAUAUGGAUGACAGGGGCGGGGCUGUGUGGUGGGCGGAGCCACAUCCACCCAAUGAAAUUAAAAUUUAAUAUUCUGUGCGUUCGGUCUCAACUCUGAGCCUGAACUGAAGCAGAAGAGUUUGAAUUUCUCCUCCAGCCAAGAGAACGGCAUUAUGUGUCCUGUUUAUCAAUGUUUAUUUUUAACUGUAUGGUUUAUUUUACUUUGAAUUAUUCUUUUUUUUUUCCUGCAUGCAGAUUUUUUUGGGGGUUGGGAGCGUUUCUGUAACUUUGUGUAACGCUUGCCACUGGGUAACUGGGCAGGAGGUACAGAAGUUCUCUUUGGAAAUUCAAACAAUUUUGCAGAUCCAUUAAAAAUAAGCUUGUUUAAGUUAAA